UUGUUUUCUAUUUUUUAUUUAGGUGAUAGUAACGUCGGAAAGACCAGUCUACUCUAUCAGUAUACUGAUGGGAUCUUCAAUCCUCGCUUUACUUCUACUGUGGGUGUAGAUUUUAGACAGAAAAGGCUCAUACGUGAAAGUAAAGAGGCUGAUGGAAUGUUAGGCCAGAAACAACGCUUGCAUCUGCAACUUUGGGAUACAGCUGGGCAAGAGAGCUUGCAUCUUUUAUAA